AUGGGGCACCUCGUUCUGCACGUAGCAGGGGAACUUGUACCAGGCCGUGGACCCAUUCAGAGGCUUGCCCUUGGGUUUAUUGAGGCAGUAGCAGAGUCCCAUCUUCUCCAGCAGCUCCAGCAGCAGUUGCAAAUCCUGCUGGGCCUGGACGUGAGGCUUAAGCAGCAACCGAAUGACAUGGGCCGGCAAGAGCCCGUGAAGCAGAAAGCCCUCCACGAGCAGCUUAUGCAGCAACAAGGAAGGAUCCCUCUGGAAAAAGACAUUGAGGAUGUCAAUGAGGCGGGUGAGGUUGUGGAAGACGUGUUCCUUGAGGGCUGGGCUGUCCUCAAAGUAGAGCAGUUUGCCGCUCUCGUGCAGGGCGAUCUGGCGGUGGAUGUCCAGACACUUUUCCUCCAGCUCCCGCUCCCCACACAGGUCUGCGUGCGUGCCCACAAUGCACACCACCGCGUGAGGCACGCGGGCCCCCACCCGAUUGAGGCAGUGCCGGAGCAAGGUCUUCCCGGCAGCCUUAUGGCCCAUCAGGAGCAGCUUGAGGCGGGGCUGAACUGCCGGCUGGGAGUGGGCCAGCUCCUUCUGGCCCACCCGGGAGAGCUGGCCAAAGUUGUCCGGCAGCACAGCGAUCUGGUUGCCCUGCAGCACGAGCUCCUCCAAGCCCGUCAGCUCCACAAUGGAGUCCGGCAGGCCUCGGAGCCGGUUACUGGACACGUCCAGCUCCUCCAGGGCAGCCAGCUGCAGCAGCUGCCCAGGAAAAGCGGUGAGCUGAUUGUGGUCCACAUCGAGGGUGCGCAGGCGGCAGAGGCAGGAGAGGGAGUCGGGCAGGUGCGCCAGCCGGUUAAAGCUGACAUCCAGCUCCUCCAGGUGGGCCAGCGAGCCCAGCUGGGCGGGCAGGGCGGGCAGCUGGUUGUGGCUGAGGUUCAGCUUCCGCAGCUCGUGCAGGGCGCUCACCACCUCCGCGCCCAGGGCCGUCAGUCGGUUGUGGCUCAUGUCCAGCUCGGUGAGGUGGUGGCCCAACUCGGCCACCGCCGGGGGCAGCCGGGCAAAGCGGUUCCUCCGCAGGACCAGGACGCGCAGGCUGCCCAGCGCCGACCCCAGCCCCUCGGGCACCUCCUCCAGGCCGUUGUUCCCCAGGUUCAGCACCUCAAUGUCCCCGAUGUUGGCCGGCAGCACGAGCUGGGGGGCGUCGGGGGAGUCGAUCUGGUCGGCCCCGACCCCCGGGCAGCCCCCGGCCGCGCUGAGGGUGAGCUGGCGCAGGUUGCUCCGCAGCUUCCUGGCGCGCAGGGCGGCGUCCCGCCACAGCCUCACCGUCUUCAGGUUCCCACUGUCCUUCCCAGCCAUGGCGGGGCCCCGGGCCGACACCCUCGCGCGGGCGCGGGAGCUCACAGCUCCAUGCCGCGCUGCGCCCGGGCGGGCGCCAGGCUCCCGGUCGCUCCCGCUCCUCUCUCCCCACCCGCCCUCGGCGACCGGCGGCGGGUCCUAGCGCAGCCAGCGGCCGGGCGCCCGCAGCUGGGGGGCGGCGGCGACGCGAGCAGCUCCGGGGGGCGCCGAGCCGGCGGCGCGGGGGGAGGCGGCGGCCGGCGGGGAGUGCCGCUCGCAUUCUCCUACCUCCGGGGCCAUGGGCGCGCCGCGGAGGAUGCCUGCUGCUCCUCCUCCGCUCCGCCCGCCGCGCGGCGCCUCCGUGCCCGCUCCGGCUCCGCUACCCUCGCAGCCGCGGCCCCGCGGCCCGCAGCGCCGUCGCCUCCGCGAGCUCCUGGAGGAGGGCGGCGCUUGGCUCGGCGGCGGGCAUGUUGCGAGCACAGGGCCGGGGUGCAGCCGGGAGGAGGGGGCGGCGGCGGCGGCACCUCCCGGUCUCUGCUUCCCGGGGCCCGGGAGAGAGCGCGAGCGCCGCGUCCCCGGCACUGGGAGGGCGCGAUCGGGAAGCGGCAGCGCCGCCCGGCGGCUCGGCCCCCACGUGACCGGCGGAGGCGCCGCGUGUUCCCGGCACCGCCCCAGGGGCGGGCGCCCGGUGCGGGGACGGGGGCGCCUGGCUGGGUGCGGGCCACUUGGCGGGGACGUGCGGGGAGUGGGUCCUGGCUGCGCACCCGAGGCCCCGGGACCUCGUGUUUGGAUUCGUCUGUUCUGGCUCUUUGUUGCCCCCAAGCCUCCAAGAAUUUCUUUUCUCUCCGGGUCAAGUGGGAACACAUAUGCUCCCUACUGAGGAAAAUAAACUGCAGUGUAUUUUUAGCAUCCGUUGGAAGGACUCGCAGCUGAAGCUACGCAGGAUCCAGGCCAUUCACUGAAGGCCCAAGGAUUGGCCGCAAUGUCACCAAGAAUUCCAGAAUGUGCCCUGGGUGUCUAUCUCUCUAAUUCCACCUCCUUGUUCCACUGAGCUGAUGUGGGAAAAGUAGGCAAAUGCAUGAAGGCAUCAAGGUCAACGACAGCACGAGUUCCGUCUUGCUUUAGCCUCCACAGCCAUCAGCCAUCACCAGCAGAAGUAAGGGGAGAAACCCCAUUAAGUACAUUGUAAACUCCAAGGUG